UCAUUAUUUUUUACGUUAUCCUCGUUUUGAGGUGUUUUAUCUGCUAACGUUUUCUUCGCCAUCUUGAAAACCUCUGAACGUACAGAGAAUCAAGUGAAAAUGGCAGCAGGUUGCCUCUCUGCAUUCAAUGCAAUUUUUGAAAGGAAAAUAUGAAUAAAUUAUUGACUGCAUCGAUAAAAGAAGUAAGUCAAAAGAUAAAUGCUGGCGAUGUGCGGUCUUCUGACAUUACAAAUGCAGCUAUUAAAGUUACAUCGAUUAUUAAACCUUUGAAUGCUUACAUCACUAUUACGAAUGAAACAGCCAAGAAACAUGCCGAAAGUUCUGAUUCACGACAAAAAGAUUGUAGUUUAUUGGGAAAACUUGAUGGAAUUCCCAUUGCGAUUAAAGAUAAUUAUUGCACAAGGAAUCACCCAACAACUUGUGCAUCAAAGAUGUUGUCAAGUUUUAUUCCCACCUAUGAUGCUACUGUAUAUCAGAAUCUAAAAAAUGUUGGAGCAGUGUUAAUUGGUAAAACUAAUCUCGAUGAAUUCGCUAUGGGUUCUGGAACCAUUGACUCAUAUUAUGGGCCAACAAAAAAUUUAUGGAAUUCAGAUGUGUUUAAAAAAUUUUAUUCUUGUAAUAGUCAAGCGAAAGAGCACAUACAACAAAAUACGGAUGCGCAUUCAUGGCAUAUAGCAGGUGGUAGCAGCGGUGGUUCUGCAGUGGCUGUUGCAACUGGAAGUUGUUACGCUGCAAUUGGUUCAGAUACUGGAGGUUCAACUAGAAAUCCAGCAUCUUACUGCGGAUUAGUUGGCUUAAAGCCUACUUAUGGUUUAGUGUCGCGCUAUGGCCUUAUUCCUCUUGUAAAUUCAAUGGAUGUACCUGGUAUUCUUACAAGGAACAUUGAUGAUGCUGUAUUAAUUUUAAAUAAUGUAGCUGGUCCAGAUGGGUUCGAUUCUACUUGUUUCCAAAAAGAAUAUGUACCAUUUGAUAUACCAGAUACGAUAGAUAUUAGUAAUUUUAGAAUUGGAAUACCAAAAGAAUAUAAAGAGAAAAAUUUAAGCCCAGAAGUACAAGAAUGCUGGGAUGAAGUUUCUCAAUAUUUGACAGAAGGUGGAGCAUCACUUUCUACAGUAUCGUUACCACAUACCGACUAUUCUAUAAUGUGCUAUACAGUUUUAAACCGUUGUGACGUUGCUAGCAAUCUUGCUUGUUACGAUGGUAUGGAAUAUGGUUAUAGAUCAGAUGAGUGGAGUUCUGUGCACAAUUUGUAUAGAAAGACAAGGUCUGAAGGUUUUGGUAAAAUAGUCAAAGAACGUAUUCUAGUUGGGAAUUAUUUUUUAUUGGAAGAAAAUUACGAGGAAUAUUAUGUCAAAGCAAUGAAAAUAAGAAGAUUAAUCUCAGAUGAUUUCAAUACAGUAUGGAAUAAUAAUAUUGAUCUUCUACUCACUCCUACCACUUUAACAGGGGCUCCAAAAUACAAUGAUUUCAUUUCAAUGGAUAACCAGGCACAAUGUUCAGUUCAAGAUUAUUGUACCCAAUCUGCUAACAUGGCAGGUAUACCAGCGGUUAAUGUGCCAAUUAAACUAUCCAAAAAUGGCUUGCCAUUAUCCCUACAACUUAUGGGACCUCCUCUCAAAGAGAAGGAACUUCUUACAGUAGCAAAAUGGAUCGAACAGAGAGUACAAUUUCCUAAAAUCGAAUUGAAGGAUCUAUCUCUAUUGGAAUAAAAUAUUUUUGUGUGAAU